CUCAGCUUCGUAACCCGGAUGUGCUUCUGCGUACCUUAGCGUGUAGCCUAGCUAACAUACACAUGCAAACGUAACGGCGGCAAAAGGUGAUUUCCUGAUGUCCUGUAACAGACAGUCAGUGUGACCCCACUGACAUCUCGGUGCCAUCUAGUGCUGAUGUAAACCUCCUCAAAAAUCAUGUCCAACCAGAAAGCCACAGCGCCCUCCCUACGCUUUGGCCAAGUGGUCAUUGGACCACCGGGUUCAGGUAAAACCACCUACUGUCAAGGGAUGCAGGAGUUCCUGACGAGCCUGGGACGUAAGGUGGUUGUGGUGAACAUGGACCCAGCCAAUGAAGGACUUCCAUACUCCUGUGCAGUGGACAUCUCAGAGUUGGUCACUCUGGAUGAUGUCAUGGAGGGUUUAAAACUUGGACCCAAUGGUGGGCUUCUCUACUGUAUGGAAUAUGUGGAAGCAAACCUGGACUGGUUGGAAAACAAGCUGAAACAGCACAGUGACUGUUAUUUCUUGUUCGACUGUCCUGGACAAGUGGAGUUAUAUACCCACCAAAGUUCAGUAAAGAAUAUAUUUUCACAGCUGGGAAAGUGGAAUUUCAGGCUGGCAGCAGUGCACCUUGUGGACUCUCAUUACUGUGCUGACCCAGCCAAAUUUAUCUCUGUGCUGUGCACCUCCCUGUCCACCAUGCUACAUGUGGAACUUCCACAUGUCAACAUCCUCUCCAAGAUGGACUUAAUUGAGCAGUAUGGUAAACUUGCUUUCAACCUCGACUUCUACACUGAGGUGAUGGACCUGACCUAUCUUCUUGAUCACCUGGCGGCUGACCCCUUUUUUAAAAAAUUCCGACAACUAAAUGAAAAGUUGGCAGAAGUUAUACAAGACUACAGCCUUGUCUCUUUUGUGCCUCUCAAUGUGCAGGACAAACAGAGCAUGAUUCAGGUCUUACGAGCAGUGGACAAGGCCAACGGCUACUGCUUUGGGGAUCUGGAGGAGAGGAAUCUGCAGGCCAUGAUGUCAGCUGCUGUGGGGGCAGACUUCCAGUUUAACUCUACUCUCGGAGUGCAAGAGCGGUACGUUGAACCUGGCAGUAAGACUGUAGAGGAGGAAAUGAUGGACCUGUAAAUUGAAAAGCCCAAAUAAAAGGAUGCCUUUUUAAAGCCCCAGUAUACCAGGGGAGUCUUGGCAACAUCCGUCUCACUUGGCCUGAAUUCUGAGCCUCUCUACGAAAGCAGUGGAGAGACAGGAACUAAAUUUGGGUGCUGCAGAUCCUUCACGUUUGCGCCAUACCUCAUAAAAAUGACACGAAGACUGAGAUGGGAAGAAGACGGAUGGGAGGAAAUGCUGAUUUUCUUUUUUUAGCGUCGUGAUGAGUCUUUUUUUUUUUUUUUGUAGCGGUAUUAAAUGUGAAAUUCCAGAGUAAAUGCUAAUACGGUCUUUUUAAAUGUUUUUUAAAAAUGAAUGCCUGUUUGUGUUCAUGCAUCCAAGGGUGCAGAUCAAAAUGGACAAUAUAACAAUGACUAUAGAUGUUUUUUUGUCUUUUCACAAAUGGAAUAAAUUAAAGAUAUGAGUGAUGUUUAUUAUAUG